GCCCAGGGCAUGAAGUUUGAGGAGGGCGGCAAGUUUGAGGAGUUGCCGGGGGCAAAGAUGGGCGAAGUGGUGGUUCGAUUUCCACCCGAAGCCAGCGGCUUUCUGCACAUUGGUCAUGCGAAGGCAGCCCUUAUCAAUCAAAACUACAAGGAUACCUUCAAGGGUCGCCUGCUGCUGCGGUUUGAUGACACCAACCCGACCAAGGAGACUGUGGAGUACGAAACAGCCAUUUUGGAGGACCUGCCGCGCCUAGGUAUCACCUGGGACUCGCUAACCUACACAUCGGACUACUUCGAUAAGAUGGUAGACUUCUGCACCCAGAUGAUACAGGAGGGCAAAGCCUACGCCGACAACACUGACUCCGAGACCAUGCGGACGGAACGGGAGCAACGCAAGGAAUCUGCCUGCCGGAAUAACGUGUAA